AUGUUUGGACUAUCGACCGGGCCGCAUCGGAGUUGCCACGAGCGUCUGCGAGCGCAGUCAGAUAGGGCGGCUCGUGAUAGGACGGUCUGCCCGCGGCGCAUCGACGCCAAGUCUUCCGUUGCCCUUAAAUCAGCCGACUGUACUCUGAUUUGGCUGCGCUGUCACGAUUUCCAUUCGGCGCCGCCAAGAAAAACGACGCAGACGCCCGCGCAACAGUUGAAAGUUGCAAAACAAAGACGCCCGCGCAACAGU